AUGUAUGCUAAGUCCAGUAGUUGUUGGGCGAGUGGCACACGACAGCAACUGAUUCACCACUUGCCUUCUCUCUCUCUCUCUCUCUCUCUCUCUCUCUUCCUCUCUCUCCCGCUUCUUUCUUCUCCUUUCUCAUCCCUUACUCCUCCCCUCCUCCUCCCUCCUUCAUUCUUUUUUCUCAACGCUUUGGAAUCACCUAGCCAGGCUUCCAUCAUGAGCAGCCCACCUGGUCCUGUUGAUCCAGGCGAACAGUCAGCCUCUUCUAGGCCAGACAGGCCCUGCAGUCCUGUGAACGAAGUGAAACCCACUAAUAUGAUGGCACCUGAUAACUCAUUUCCAGUCUCCGAGUAUCCUCCUUUGAUUGAUCUCGGAGAAGAAACCCAGGCAACAGAUGAACCAUUCCCCGUCCCUGACCUGCAGUCCUCUCAGCAAAAUGAUCCACUGUUUGCCAAGAGCGAUAUCGAGAACCUGGAUCCCCUUGAUAUUACCGACAAACAUGGGCUACGGGAUCUUGAGAUCAAAGAGAUGACCAAGGAAUCAUGCCUGCUUUCGGACACAGCUACGACUAGCCAGCGAUCUGACAAGAUAAGCGAACAAACUAUUACCGAAACACCUCAACAGGGCCCUCAGAUUGAAAAUAUCAAAGCUUCAGAUAAUGGGGAUGAUGAUAAUAUGGGUGCUGUUGACGAAACCCCUGCCCAAGCAAAUGCUCCCCGAAUCGGCUUCAAGCAUGACCCAGAGGAGGAAGCAAUCUUGGCUAGAAUGGAACCCGAUACCGAGGCCCAGGGCACAAAGAAGAAGAAGAAUAAAAAGCGCCCCAAAAGCCAGAGAGGAGCCGGCGCACCGACUGGAUUUGAGCCCUGGCAUGCCGAUGCUCCGAUCACUCCGCAAGAGUUCGAGGAGAACAAGAAGAUCUAUGACCCCUCUACCAAUUCUCGAGUAAGAUCAAUAAAGCUCAUUCUUGGGGCCAUCUUGGCUAACUUGACUUGUCUGUGUAGUCGGUGCGAUGAGGCGAUCAAACGAUUCCUGGCCAAGCGCCGCCUUGAGCCUGAAAGGCGCAAGGUGUUUCUGAAAUAUCUCCAAUACGGUGGCGUUGGUGUUGGCCAGAACCAGAUGCAGGGCGUGAGUCCUCAAGAAUUGAAGGAAAUGGACAAGGAAGAGGCGAUGCAGGCUCGUUGCAACACUCGGAUCUUCCCAACCGAAAAGGAAUUUCCAAUCUCCUUCAAUCGAGUUGCUACAGGCUACCUGCAAGUUCCUCCUCAUGAAACUUGCUACUUUAUGAAUCACUACAAUCCCGAGACUGAGGAGGACAUCAAGCUCUGCACUGUUACCAUGAAGAACUUCUUUACUUACCUACUCUACCACGACGUGUGCCCUGAGCAGAAAGAGGACCUCGAGGCAGCCAGGGAAACAUGUGAUCGAUGUGAGAAGGAGUUAUGGCUAUGCCAGCAAGUCCUCCACCAUGACGGCCCCGGACAUUUCAAUCGUGCCUGCUCAAUGUUACUGGGGGGCUAUUACUUUGAUGUCGUCGAUGAUCCUGAAGCGUGGCGCCAUAUUAGGUACGCCAGUAAUGAUAUUUUCACUCGUGAAAUUGCGCGCAAGGUCGUCAGAUACGCGAUUGCGAUCAACGGCGAUGACCGGCUAACGCAAAAAUUCAAAUGCCUCGUCGAAUACGAUAAUGUCCAGGCUAAAAUGGUUGAGGACAUCGACGGCUUCGAGAUCCUUUCGAUUGAAUAUCCUUCUGAGGAGGUUCACGCCUACUACCGAGAACUUGCUCCCGAUUUGCUUCCAGUCGGAAGGGUCAGGGCAAAGGAGUUCCGUGACGAGUCACGCGGUGAGUUUGACCUCGCACCUUGGGAGAAAAUCGACUGGGAUGCUGGAUUUGCGCCGGCGCACAAAUUCGAGUUUUUCAUCGAACAGUCGGUCCUUGAUCUCCUCUUACCCGGAAUGAAAGUUAUUACCAAUGUUUAUGAGACCAACUUUGGUAUGCACUUUUACGACGAAGUGAUGACUGUGCUUCCAUCGAACUAUCUAUUCAUUUACAAUGACUGGAUGAUCGAUUACAAAGAGCCAAAACCCAUCGACUGGAUUGGGGAUGAGGGUGAGAUUGCACGUCGUCGUGCCGAGGAUAUGCUCAUCGAGCCUCCUGAGCGGCCACAGAGAGAAAUCGCCUUGAGAAUGGUUCGCGACCAGUUAAGCUGGGACCCAGAGCAUAUUCUAGCGCAGGGAUACAGCAUUCGGGAUCACUGCAAGGAUAUCAUCAACUUCCUUGAGUCUUACGACUACAACAUGGAUGCUAUCAAGGAGAAGUUGGAGCUGACGGACGAUCACAUACCGGUGAAGACGAUUUGCGUUAAGCGGCCUCCCAAGAAUCCGGCUUCCAGAAUGAAGCUUGACAAGGAUGAGAUUGCUGAAAUGGAGCUUUUCGAAGAGGAACUUCGCUCGAAGGAGAUUGCCGAGAGAGAGAGUUUCGAAAAGGGCUGUCUCGGGAAAAUUGAUGCCGAAAGGAACCUCUUUGUAGAGGAGCUUUUGGCAAAAAGGUCUGCCAAGGAGGAGCUUGCCGAGGAGGAGUCUGUCGCGGAUGAGCCCGUCGAGGAUUUUGCUGAGGAGGAGUCUGUCGAGGUGGAAUCUGUCAAGGAGGAGUCUUCCGAGUAUGAUUCUUCCGAUGAUGAUUCUUCCGAUGAGGAGUCUGUCCGAGAGAAGCCUGACAAUGAGUGCCACGACGUGAAAGAGCUUGUCGAGAAGGAGCGUUUCGAGAAGGAACUUGCCGAUAAGGAAUGUCUCGAGAGGGAGCUUUUCGAGAAGCAGCAAAGCGAAAAGGAGCCCGUCAAUGAUGAUCUUGCACUGGGUAAAUUGGUUUUCUUACAACCAGACGCUUGGCAAGAUAUCAUGGACUAG